AUGGCCAACCCUCAGCAUUACUCGUGGGCCAGCAAGCACCUGCCAUUCAGCUUUGAAUUGCAAACGCACUACGGCCAGUUGGGUUCUGAAGUCCCGUUGCAACGUCCUCGUUUUGCGAUGACUCUGACGGCACCUGCUCCAUUUGCAGAUGAAACAAGCUGUCAGUGCCAAGCCCCCCAUGAGAAGCUAACGAUUGCACAAGCCCGCCUGGGAACACCAGUUGACAGACCCGUCAGAGUGUAUGCAGAUGGGAUAUUUGACCUCUUCCACUCUGGCCAUGCUAGAGCUCUUAUGCAAGCCAAAACUCUAUUCCCAAAUAGCUACUUAUUAGUAGGAGUUUGCAGUGAUGAUUUAACUCAUAAAUUCAAAGGCUUCACUGUGAUGAAUGAAACUGAGCGAUACGAAGCCCUCAGACACUGUCGUUAUGUGGAUGAGGUCAUCAGAGACGCACCCUGGACACUGACACCCGAGUUCCUUGAAAAACAUAAGAUUGACUUUGUAGCCCACGAUGACAUCCCGUACUCCUCCGCUGGCUCGGAUGAUGUAUACAAACACAUAAAGGAGGCAGGAAUGUUCGUGCCAACGCAGAGAACCGAAGGUAUCUCAACAUCGGAUAUCAUCACAAGGAUCGUCCGGGACUAUGACGUGUACGCCCGGCGCAACCUCCAACGAGGAUACACCGCCAAAGAGCUGAAUGUUAGUUUUAUAAAUGAGAAGAAAUACCGAUUUCAAAACCAAGUGGACAAAAUGAAAGAAAAAGUCAAGAACGUGGAGGAAAGAUCAAAAGAAUUUGUUUACAAGGUGGAAGAGAAGAGCCAUGACCUCAUUCAGAAAUGGGAAGAAAAGUCCAGGGAAUUUAUUGGCAACUUUUUAGAGCUGUUUGGACCCGACGGAGCCUGGAAGCAGAUGUUCCAGGAACGAAGCGGCCGGAUGCUCCAGGCUUUUUCUCCCCGGCAGAGCCCGAACAGCAGUCCUACGCGAGGCCGUUCUCCAUCCCGUUCUCCAUCUCCGCCCUGGGUCUUCAAUAAAGCCUCCCCUCCCUCUUCUCCAAAAGCUGCCUCUGCCUCCCUCAGCAGCAUGAGCGAGGGAGACGAGGAUGAAAAGUAA